AUGAUGGCACUACACUGGCUGGUUGUGCUUUUCGCAGCUAUCAACUUUGUUAUAGCGGCACCAGUCACUUUGACUACAGUUACGGCUGUGACCAAUGCUGAUGGCUCGACUUACGUUUUUGACGGGAAUUUAGCACCAACAGCGUCGGCAACGAUAGCCGCAGAGGCUACUUCUUCUUCAACUCCAAACCAGAGCGAUGAUACACAGACUCCAACAUCUUCCCUUAGCUGGUCCGGUCUUUUCAGCCUGUUUGGUAAUUGGCUUUCGUUGCUUGACAACACAUUGAGCACGUCUGCUUCGAAGCCAAAAUUCUCCUGGUCUUCACUUCUUUCUGCGCUUCUCGGACUGUCUGACAACGAGAACUCAAAUACUCUGAACACCUUGACGGCCAGUACGCCCUCUAGUACGAAACAAAAAACAACCUCAACGUCUUCGGAAGAAACUCAAGCACCAUCAUCGACAUCUGUUUCAGAUGAUGGUGGGGAUGGUGAUUUUGCACAGAGCAUUCUACAGUCACAUAAUAAGUACAGAGCUGCACAUGGAGCUAAAGCGUUGUCGUGGUCGCAAGAUGCCUAUAACUACGCUCAAAACAAUGCCGACUCUUACGAUUGCUCGGGUGUCUUGACGCAUACUCAUGGGAAGUUUGGUGAAAAUUUGGCUGCUGGGUUCUCGAGCGGGCCUGCAGCUGUUGAUGCUUGGUACAGUGAAGGGAAAACAUUCGACUAUAAUCUGUACAACGAGUAUAAUCACUUUACUCAAGUUGUGUGGAAGUCAACGACUCAAUUGGGCUGUGCUUAUAAGGAUUGCCGCUCGCAAGGCUGGGGGUUGUAUGUGAUCUGUGAGUACAGUCCACCAGGAAACGUAAUCGGGCAAGAGAAGGACAAUGUGCUGCCCUCUUAA